AUGAGGAAGAAAACAGGAGAGGAGGCAUAUGCAGCGCCGCGCCGGCGCCCAGUCAUUGUCCCCAGCGCGCCGCCGGGCCGCGGAGGACGCACAUGGCCGGGCGCCGCUGAGGCCGCCGCCCCCGCGCCGCCCGCCCAGGCUGCGUCCCGGGAAGCCCGGCGCCCCUCGCGCCCCGGACCUGAGCGCAUCCCCAGGGAGGCGCCCUGGCCGGCCGCGGCGGGCCCCGAGUCCCCGGAGAGCCGCGCCGAGGCACCCGACGGCGCGCCCCAGCCGCCCGCCUACUGCCUGCAGGACUUCGACACGCUGGCCACCGUGGGCACAGGGACAUUCGGGCGGGUGCAGCUUGUCAAGGAGAAGACAGCCAAGCAUUUCUUCGCCCUCAAGGUGAUGAGCAUUCCGGAUGUCAUCCGCCUGAAGCAGGAGCAGCAUGUGCACAACGAGAAGUCGGUGCUGAAGUAAGUCAGCCACCCGUUCCUGGUCAAGGUGUUCUGGACGUGGCACGACGAACACUUCCUGUACAUGCUGAUGGAGUUCGUGCCAGGCACCGAGCUGUUCAGUUACCUGCAUAACCGGGGCCACUUCUCCAGUAGCACCGGACUCUUCUACUCGGCGGAGAUCAUGUGUGCCAUCGAGUAGCUGCACUCCAGGGAGAUCGUGUACCGGGACCUGAAUCCUGAAAACAUAUUGCUGGACAGGGACGGUCACAUCAAGCUCACCAACUUUGGGUUCUCCAAGAAACUGAUAGACAGCUAA